AUGAAUAAAUCAACAAAACUUUACAGUUUUUCGUUUGUGGUUAAAAAAAUCAAAUUUAAUCCAAACGCCACACUAAGUGGUAAAUUAACGGUAAACAUUAACUUCGUAAGGUAUCAUGAACAAACAGUUUUCGAACCAAUUGUACAACCUCCUACAAAUAUAGUUAACUUAAAUGCCGGGAAAACAUUUACAUUUGGUCUUGAUCGAUGUAGUGCAAUUCAGUUGUCUAAAGAUUUUAUUAUUCGUGUAAGUCUUCAUCAAAACGAUCCAGACAAACAAUUAUCAGAAGCUGUUAUAAAUGGCACCAAAACGUUCCGCGAUGUUUUGAUGGAUGUUUGUCCGCGUAAAUCAAAAACACAGGUCAGAAAUGUGAAAGAAUAUUUAAAUAUAAUAAAAAGGAAAACCUGAUAUUGGGAACGGAUGAAAUUGCUAAAAAAAAACUGAUUUAGAGCAAAGUCGGGUUAUACAUUUUUAUUGAAACACCCUAAUUGUUAAAAUUUGCGUCAAUAUUUAAUUUUGAAUCCCUUAUAAAAAAAAUAUAUUAUACUUUUAGAUUCUGAGUAUAACGAAGAAUAUAUUGGUUUUAUUAAGAUGUUUGUUUUUUUAUCCUAUGUACAAAAUUUCUACCAGAAAUCGUGCUCAGACAUAUACGCGCAGCACCUUCUAAAAGGGAAUAUUCUUCAGAUGGUACUUUUAGAAGGUAAUAUUUUGAUUUUUCAAGCGGUUUUCUUAAUAUCUGGGAAAACCAAAGAUAAAACGUAGGAAAAACGGAAAAUUUACUAAAAUAAUGCUUUUAUUAUUUUUCAAUUUUGUUAUUUGUUGUAAUUCCGCUAAACAUAUUCGUAGAGACUUGAAAUUUGUAAAGAAAACUUAUACUUGCCUUUUCUAGACGUAGUCAAAUUUCCAAACAAUUCAAACCAUGUUUGAGCUACUUAUAGACAUUUUAAUUUUGUACGUAAUAUUUAUUCUUCAGAUAUUCUGUGGAAUUGUAAGACUUAAACAGUAAAUACUUAAAUAUUUAACAGAAGGUUCAUUAAGAAUCUUACUUUGUAGUCAAAAAAUAAAAAUAAAAUAGAGUUUAAUGUAGUAUUUUUUUUUUUAUAAUGGAAUUUCAAUAUCAAAUUUUAACGAAAAUCGUUUGAGUAAAAAAUAAUGUGGAACAAAUCUAAUUUUUCAUUUUUCAACAUAAUAUGUAAAUUGCCGAUUUAAGAACAAUGGUAAAUUCAGAAUUAAUCGAAAGUUUCGAAAUUAUAGCUUCUGAUAUUAUGAUUAUUAAUUAAUUUUUUGAUUUCCCUAAGGGUUUUCAUUGUAAAUUGAAAAUGUAUAAAAUGUAUUAUUUUCAAAUCAUAAACAUUACAUUCUUUUAAAACUUGUAUAACUGAACUCCACUCAGAAUCGUUUUUCGAUCAAUGAUUGAUCGUUACGUACAUUUGUACAUUCAAUUUCCUCUCUAUUAUCCAAACUUCAUAAUCUCGCCUACAACAGUGGCCUUCUGCGAUGCAUGUCCGUUUUUUUUUUAGAGGUAAAAUUUAGUUUUUAAUUUUAAAUUUUAAAUUUUGAUAAAGAAGAAAUAAUUCUGAGCAAAGUUCAGUUCAUAGUUUUGCUUUGUCAACAAUAUAUAUGCCAAACUGUGGUAAAAUAAUUAUAUAGGAAUUAUAUAUUAUCUUUAACGAUAUUUGUUUAAUAUUGUACCUAUUUUCCCAAUUUUUCCAUUUAUUUGGAAAACUCUUGGGGAAAAUCAAAAAAAUCACCUCUUUAAAGUAUCUUCCUAAUCAGAGUUUCAAUUUAGAAAAAGUACUAUCUUUUUAAAUUUGAUCAAAAUUUCCGGAAAAAAAGUUGUCCACAGAAAAAAAGGAUCGUAAUAUUUUUCUAAUAUAUUUAUACAUUUAUACAUUUUCUCGUUUAUCCUCCGUUUUUUUAGUUUUUCACAUUUGAUGAAAAAACUGAGAAAAUCGAAAAAUGAUCUCCUGAAAGUACCUCCCUAGUACAAUUUCCUUUCAGAAAAAAUAUUAUCAUUGUUAAUUGGAUCAAGAUUUCUAAAAGAAAAGUUAUCCACAGAUAAAAAAAAAAAUAAACAUCUUUGUUAAUCUUUAAGCUUCUUCGCUUUACUCAGAAUCUAAAAUACAUCAUAGUAAUUAUACUAAUAAAUCCCUCGUUAUACUCCUUGAUUGAUAUCUUUAAGAAUUGGCGACUUUAAUAAAUAAAUAAAUAUACAUACAUUUUUUUUUAAUUUUAAGCUGAAAACCACGAUAAAAUUCAACGAUGUAACGGGCAACGAAAUCGCUGAAAUGGACGUAGUCGUGCUGUUGUCCCCUGCUGGACCAACCAUUGUAAAUGAAUUUAAUUUGGACGGAAACAUUGACCAACAACAUAUAGCCAUGACGAGUGAACGUGCAUGUCCUGUAGUACCAGAAUUUAAAAUACCUACUAAAGAGCAUGACAACGAAUGGGUUGUUAUAGGUGCGGAGUUAAACAGUGGACAGAAAAUCACAAUCAAAUACAAAAAGAGUUGUUAUGAGCUAAAAUCUGGAAUCGAUAAAACUAAUGAACCGUGUGAAGAAAUCAAAGUAAAAACCACAAAGAGUGAAGAAAAACUAAAUUAUCAAAUGCUUGGAUUGAUGGAAGAAAUGCAUAAAAUUAUAGCAGCAAAUACUACAAUGCCUUAA